AUGGCCGACGCUUUAGUGGAGCGAAGACCUAUUGCUCGUUUCUUCUGCCACAGAUGUAACAUUGAAUUCGAAGAUGUUUUGCAGGACUACACUUGCCCAUACUGUGCCAGUGGUUUUAUUGAACAAUUGGAGAAUGAGGCGGAAGGUAUUGGCUUGUCGGGUGAUGAUUUCAGUGAUGCUGACAUGAGUAAUAUAGAUGAUAUUAGCAACAUUGAUGAAAUGAGCAAUUUGGAUGAUUCAGAUGAUCUUCAUCAAAGCACACCACCAAUGUUGAACGACCUGGCGUUUUUCAUGUCCGGCGGACGGCUACGGGGUCCUGGGCGGCGGCAGACCCUCAUAGAGGAGCUGAUGUGGCUGAUGGCGGGCGCCAAUCCGCCGGGCACUUUGACGGCGGGCGCUCCCUUCGUGUUCGUGGGCGCGCCAGGGGACUACGUCUUCGGCGGCGAAGGUCUUGACGCGGUGGUCACCCAGCUGCUGGGCCAGCUGGAGAACGCGGGCCCCCCGCCGCUGCCGAGGGAGCAGCUGGCCGCGCUGCCGACGGAGAACGUGUCGGCGGAGCAGGCUGCUGCCAACACGGCGUGCUCCGUGUGCUGGGACAACUUCCUCGAAGGCGAAGCGAUAUCGCGUCUCGAGUGCGAGCACAUUUUCCACUCGGCGUGCAUCCGCCCGUGGCUGCAGCUGCACGCCACGUGCCCCAUCUGCCGGCGCUCGCUGCUGCCCGAGGCGCCGGCCGCUGCGCCAGCGGACCCCGCCAACCCGCCAAACCCGCCCAACCCGGCCAACCCGGAUCAAGCCACGCUCCCGGCCGGCUCGCCCACGCCGUCGCUGCCGCGCGUGCUCCUGCGCCGCAUCCCCAGGCGGCAGGCGUCCGGGCCGCAGACGCAGACGCAGACGUGGCACACGCCCGCCGAGAGCAGCGGCUCCUCCGUCUCCAGCUCCACCACGUCCUCGGUGACGGCGGGCGGCGUGUGGGCGCCGCAGGUGCGCUUCGCCACCAACCCCAGCGGCACCAACUCCUCGGCUUCGCUCAACUCGAGCGCGGGCGGCGGCUCCGAGCGCCAGUACAACAUGGACAUUGACUACGAU